AUGGAAAUAGGCAGUGAUUAUAUAAAAGAGUCUGCAACUCUGCUUGCCUGCUUAGGUUGCAUCAUUUUGGACUAUUUACUCGAAGACUGCAAGCUAUCAAAGAAGUUCGUGGCCUGCUAUUAUAUUAAAAUGUUUCGCUCGGGCUAUUAUCCUACUGUCACUCCAAGCAACUGGGGCUAUAACGGCACUGUUAAACACGUGCUGGGGGAGAAGGGCACUAAGGCGCUAGCCUUCAAAGGCGCCAAGCGUCAGGUACCUCUUGAUGAGUUUGUGGCCAACUACGUUCCCACGCUAAAGGAUGGUGCGAAUUUCAGAUUGAACAGUCUGCUUUUCAGCGGCUACUUACAAUCAUUAUACUUAUUGAGCGGAGAUCUUUCCAAGAAAUUCCUGGUGUUUUAUGGUAGAGAAAUUUUGGAGUUUCCAGACGGCGGUAUUUGCACUGCAGAUUGGGUCAUGCCUGAAUGGAAAGAACAAUAUUCUUUGGAUGCCAAACGGGCAACCUUUAACGACAAGUUGUUUACAAAAGACGAGCAAGCCACUCAUCCAAAAGACUGGCCUCGUCUGCAUCCAAGGACGAGAUACCUAACCUCAGAAGAGCUUGAAAAAUGUCAUUCCAAGGGGGACGAAUGUCCUUUAGUGGUGAUACUUCAUGGUCUUGCCGGUGGGAGUCAUGAGCCUUUUAUUAAAGCCCUAUCCGAGGAUAUUACAAAAGUCGGCGACGGUAAAUUCCAAGUGGUGGUGCUUAAUUCCAGAGGCUGUGCAAGAUCGAAGGUCACAACCCGUAGUCUCUUCACCGCCUUGCAUACAGAUGACGUUAGGGUUUUUCUGAACCGCCAGAGAGCCAGAUUUCCUCAUAGGAAAUUAUACGCUGUAGGGACUUCCUUUGGAGCUGCUAUGUUAACGAACUACUUGGGCCAAGAAGGCGACAACUGUCCAUUGAACGCCGCUGCCGCUCUAUCGAAUCCGUGGGAUUUCGUACACACUUGGGAUAAGUUGGCCCAUGAUUGGUGGUCCAACCAUAUAUUUUCUAGGACACUGACCCAGUUUUUAACAAGAACGGUCAAAGUAAAUAUGAAAGAAUUACAACUGUCUGAAAAAGUUGAAGCGUCACACAAACCCACGGUUGAGAAACCGGUCUUCUUUACAUAUACCCAGGAAAACGUGGAAAAGGCUGAAAAAUUCACAGACAUGCUAGAAUUCGAUAGUCUUUUCACUGCUCCUUCAAUGGGCCUGCCAGACGGGUUAACGUAUUAUAGAAAGGCAAGCUCGGUAAAUAGAUUGCCCAAUAUUAAAAUUCCAACCUUAAUCGUCAAUGCAACAGAUGACCCGGUUACAGGCGCAAACGUCAUCCCAUACAAACAGGCUAAAGAGAACCCUUGCGUUUUAUUAUGUGAGACCGACUUGGGUGGUCAUCUGGCUUAUCUCGAUAACGAAAACAAUUCUUGGCUAAGCAUACAAACUGCAGAGUUUUUGAAUAAAUUUGACGAGUUAGUGUUAUAA